AUCAUAAGCCAAAUUGUGAGCCAUGAUAGUGGCACUGAAUUUCUAAAUACAAGAAAUUGCUUAGACAAUUGGUUUAGUAUCUGUAUAUGGGCAAUACUGUGUCCUGCAGUAGGCAGCAUGUCAGCUGAAACACCAAUCACACUGAAUAUCGAUCCUCAGGAUCUGCAGGUCCAAACAUUCACCGUAGAGAAGCUACUGGAGCCUCUCAUAAUCCAGGUUACCACACUUGUAAACUGUCCCCAGAACCCUUCCAGCAGGAAAAAAGGACGUUCGAAAAGAGCCAGUAUCCUUCUAGCUUCUGUGGAGGAAGCAACUUGGAAUUUAUUAGACAAGGGAGAGAAGAUUGCCCAGGAAGCUACAGUUUUAAAGGAUGAGCUUACGGCUUCACUUGAGGAAGUUCGCAAAGAAAGUGAAGCUCUGAAAGUAUCAGCUGAGAGAUUUACAGAUGACCCCUGUUUUCUCCCAAAAAGGGAGGCUGUGGUUCAAGCUGCCCGUGCCUUGCUGGCUGCAGUGACGAGACUCCUUAUCCUUGCGGACAUGAUUGAUGUCAUGUGCCUCUUGCAACAUGUGUCAGCUUUUCGAAGGACAUUUGAGUCUCUCAAAAAUGUUGCCAACAAAUCCGACCUCCAGAAAACCUACCAGAAGCUUGGGAAGGAGCUGGAAAAUUUGGAUUAUUUAGCCUUCAAACGUCAGCAGGACUUAAAAUCUCCAAAUCAGAGAGAUGAAAUUGCAGGAGCCCGAGCCUCAUUGAAGGAGAACUCUCCCCUCUUGCAUUCAAUUUGUUCAGCUUGUUUGGAGCAUUCAGAUGUUGCUUCCCUCAAAGCAAGCAAGGACACAGUUUGUGAAGAAAUUCAGAAUGCUCUCAAUGUAAUUUCAAAUGCUUCACAAGGGAUCCAGAAUAUGACAACCCCACCAGAACCUCAGGCAGCAACUCUGGGAAGUGCCCUUGAUGAGCUGGAGAAUUUAAUUGUCCUGAAUCCACUCACAGUGACUGAGGAGGAAAUAAGACCAUCACUAGAGAAACGACUCGAAGCCAUUAUCAGUGGGGCUGCUCUGCUGGCAGAUUCUUCAUGCACGAGGGACUUCCACCGGGAGCGGAUUAUUGCAGAAUGCAACGCCAUUCGCCAGGCUCUUCAGGAUCUGCUUUCAGAGUACAUGAACAAUGCUGGAAAAAAAGAAAGGAGUAAUACCCUGAAUAUUGCUUUAGACAACAUGUGUAAGAAGACAAGAGACCUUCGCAGACAGCUCCGCAAGGCUAUUAUAGAUCAUGUGUCAGACUCUUUCUUGGAUACGACAGUCCCACUUUUGGUCCUCAUUGAAGCUGCUAAGAAUGGCCGGGAAAAGGAAAUAAAAGAAUAUGCUGCGAUAUUUCAUGAACACACCAGCAGGCUUGUAGAGGUGGCAAAUCUUGCUUGUUCCAUGUCAACAAAUGAAGAUGGAAUUAAAAUUGUCAAAAUUGCAGCCAAUCAUUUGGAAACCUUGUGUCCACAGAUUAUUAAUGCUGCACUUGCUUUGGCUGCAAGACCCAAAAGUCAAGUGGUCAAAAACACCAUGGAAAUGUACAAGCGUACAUGGGAGAAUCAUAUACAUGUCCUCACUGAAGCCGUAGAUGACAUUACAAGCAUUGAUGACUUCCUUGCUGUAUCUGAAAGCCAUAUCUUGGAAGAUGUCAACAAGUGUAUCAUAGCCUUAAGAGACCAGGAUGCUGAUAAUUUAGACCGUGCUGCGGGUGCUAUCAGAGGCCGGGCAGCAAGAGUUGCUCACAUCGUCACGGGUGAAAUGGACAGUUACGAGCCAGGGGCUUACACAGAAGGUGUAAUGAGAAACGUUAACUUCCUUACAAGUACUGUAAUUCCUGAAUUUGUAACACAAGUGAAUGUUGCCUUGGAAGCCUUAAGCAAAAACUCAUUGAAUGUGUUGGAUGAUAAUCAAUUUGUGGACAUCUCAAAGAAGAUCUAUGAUACAAUUCAUGAUAUCAGAUGUUCAGUCAUGAUGAUUCGGACCCCAGAGGAACUGGAGGAUGUUUCUGACCUUGAAGAGGAACAUGAGGUCCGCAGUCACACCAGCAUUCAGACCGAAGGGAAAACUGAUAGGGCUAAGAUGACUCAACUGCCUGAGGCAGAAAAAGAAAAGAUUGCUGAGCAAGUUGCUGAUUUCAAGAAAGUAAAGAGUAAGCUGGAUGCUGAGAUUGAGAUAUGGGAUGAUACAAGCAACGACAUCAUUGUUCUGGCCAAGAACAUGUGUAUGAUCAUGAUGGAAAUGACAGACUUCACCAGAGGCAAAGGACCACUAAAGCAUACAACCGAUGUGAUCUAUGCAGCGAAAAUGAUAUCAGAAUCAGGAUCAAGGAUGGAUGUCCUUGCUCGGCAGAUUGCUAAUCAGUGCCCAGAUCCAUCUUGCAAACAGGACUUGUUGGCCUACCUGGAACAGAUUAAGUUCUAUUCCCACCAGCUGAAAAUCUGCAGUCAGGUUAAAGCUGAGAUCCAGAACCUGGGAGGAGAGCUCAUCAUGUCAGCUUUGGACAGUGUCACCUCCCUGAUCCAAGCAGCCAAAAAUUUAAUGAAUGCUGUAGUGCAAACAGUGAAAAUGUCUUACAUUGCCUCAACCAAGAUCAUCCGAAUCCAGAGUCCUGCUGGGCCCCGGCACCCAGUUGUGAUGUGGAGAAUGAAGGCUCCUGCAAAAAAACCCUUGAUUAAAAGAGAGAAGCCAGAGGAAACGUGUGCAGCUGUCAGACGAGGCUCAGCAAAGAAAAAAAUCCAUCCAGUUCAAGUCAUGAGUGAAUUUAGAGGAAGACAAAUCUACUGAAACCACUAUUCUACCUAUAGUGCCUAUAUGACAAAAUCCUGGCUAACCACACUGCUUUAUUUUACACUUAAGAAGUUCUGUAAUUUCA